AUGACCGGCUUCUCUAAAAUACUGCCAACGGUGCACAAGUUUCGAGCUGCGCUUAACCGGAGGAAGGAGUCCAAGGAUCGAUUCGAAUCCUCCUCUUCAAUAGGCCUCAAUGCCGAUCCUCCUCCUCCUCCGUCCCCGUGGGGCCUUCCGGUCGAGAUCCAAAUUCAAAUAUUUGGGUACUGCGGUAGCCCCGAUUUCUAUACCCUGAAGCUUGUCUGCAAGGCCUUCAAUGCUCUCCUAUCCUCCAACGAACACGAGAUCGUGCGCCAGUACCUCCGCCAACGCCGUCAUGGCACCCUGCCUUCCCCGAUCGACACCGAGCGAACCUAUACCCGAAACCCGGAGGACGAUGUCGUGCUCCUGUCGGACUUGUUCCCGCCGUCCAAGAGCGCUAGGGGAGGUCAUCUCUAUACCUUCAGAUACCUCCAUGGUCUAAGGUCAAGGCAGAAGCAAUGCUCAAUGCUAUGCUACUACCUCGCAGACCGGAUCAUGGAGCGAUUUGUACAGACAGAGCCCAUCUUCCUCCGAUCCUCAUUUCCCACAAGAAAGACCGAGCGAACUGCUUUGGUAAAGAGAGGCAAGGCGAGCAUAUGGUUCAAUCUCGCACCGCUCAUGUAA